UCCAGCAGCCCUUUCCCCUCCCUUCCCGGGCAGCUCGGCAAUGGAUUCGCAGGAGAUCAGAGAGCUGCAGCAGGAGGUGAUGGAGGAGCUGGGGAUCUCCAUGGAGGAGCUCCAGGAGAUCAUUGACAAAGAGCUGGAGAAGUUUGAGGGUGUGAAGCAGAGGAAGCAGCAGCUGGAGGAGCUGGAGCAGUGUGUGAAGCAGAAGGAGGAGGAGGUGGCUGGAGUCGACCGGCUCUUCGAUGACGCUUCCAGAGCCAUUGACAAAUGUGAGCUCCUGGUGAAGGAUCUUUACUCCAAGCUGGGCCUCCAGUACCGGGAGAGCAGCUCCGAGGACGAGGACUCAGCUGCCAAGGCCAUGGAAGUGAUUGAGAUCCCGGAUGAGGAGGAGGAUGAUGAUGUCAUGAGCAUGGACUCAGGCUGGAAGCACAGUUGAAUCAGCAAGGAUCAGAAUCUGCUGCGGGAGGCCAUGGCUGCCAUGAGGAAGUCUGCCCAGGAUGUUCAGAAGUUCAUGGAUGCUGUCAACAGGAAAGCAAAUGGCCAAGAUGCACAAAAAGCUGCACAAACCCCUCAGGAAACUCCUGGCCCUGUCCAGCCCCUUGGCUCUGCAGCAACUGGGAGUGACCUCAGCAAUGAUGGAGACCUGAACCUUGGCAUGAGGAUCUUGGGCAAGAAGAGAACCAAAACGUGGCACAAAGGGACCCUCAUUGCCAUCCAGACCGUGGGUGCUGGCAAGAAAUACAAAGUGAAGUUUGACAACAAAGGGAAGAGUUUGCUCUCUGGCAACCACAUUGCUUAUGACUACCACCCCCUGCCUGACAGGCACCAUGUGGGCAGCAGGGUGGUGGCAAAGUACAAGGACAGGAACCAGGUCUGGCUCUAUGCUGGCAUCGUGGCUGAGACCCCCAAUGUCAAGAACAAAGACAGGUUCCUGAUCUUCUUCGACGAUGGCUACGCCUCCUACGUGAAGGUGUGGGAGCUGUACCCUGUCUGCAGGCCAUUGAAGAAGGCCUGGGAGGACAUUGAGGACAUCUCCUGCCGUGAUUUCAUCGAGGAGUACAUCACAGCCUACCCCAACCGCCCCAUGGUGCUGCUCAAGGCUGGGCAGCUGAUCAAGACUGAGUGGGAAGGCACCUGGUGGAAAUCCAGAGUGGAAGAAGUGGAUGGCAGCCUGGUCAAAAUCCUUUUCAUGGAUGGCAAACGCUGUGAGUGGAUCUACCGCGGCUCCACGCGCCUCGAGCCCAUGUUCAGCAUGAAGACCUCCACGGCCUCCACCCAGGAGAAGAAGCAGAGUGGGCAAGCCAGGACUCGGCCCAACGUUGGUGCUGUCAGGAGCAAAGGGCCUGUGGUGCAAUACACUCAGGAUCUGACUGGAGCUGGGAGCCAGUACAAACCCUUGGAGCAGCUGCAGACCUCCCAACCUGCCCAGGACCCUUCUCCCCAGCCUGCUGAGAUGGAGUGCUCUGAGAGUCAACUGGCCCAGUCCAGGAAGCAGGUGGCCAAGAAGAGUACCUCCUUCCGCCCUGGCUCCGGCUGCUCCGGGCAGUCCUCGCCCUCCCCGCCGGUGCUCGGCGAUGCUCCGCCCGUGGCCAGGCCCAGCGUGGCCCAGCAGCACCGGUGAGCCAAACUGGGGGCUUCUCCUCAUGGCUACCCUGGCACAGGGCUUGCAGCUGGAUGGGCUUUAAGGAGCCUUCCAACCCAAAGCAGUCUGAGGUUGGCAGAGCAGCUCCAACCCUCUCUCCCCUCCAACCCCACUCACCUCUUGUGUCCUUCCCCUCUCUCCAGCAGCCUCUCCAGCAACCUCUCCCUCAGCGGCGUGACCGCCGCCACCGCCGCCGCGCCUCAGCCCUUCCAGGGCAUGCUGGACAGGGUCCCCACGGAACCCUCUUACCGAGCCCCUCUGGAGAAGCUUUUCUACCUGCCCCACGUCUGCAGCUACAGCUGCCUGGCCAGGGUGAGGCCCCUGCGGGCCGAGCAGUACCGCAGCAGGAACCCUCUGCUCAUUCCCCUGCUCUACGACUUCCGCCGCAUGACCGCCCGGCGCCGCCUCAACCGCAAGCUGGGCUUCCACGUCCUCUACAAGACCCCCUGUGGGCUCUGCCUGAGGACCAUGCAGGAGAUCGAGAGGUACCUGUUCGAGACAGACUGUGACUUCCUCUUCCUGGAGAUGUUCUGCCUGGACCCUUACGUGCUGGUGGAUCGCAAGUUCCAGCCCUACAAACCUUACUACUACAUCGCCGACAUCACCAAGGGCAAGGAGGAUGUGCCCCUGUCCUGCGUCAACGAGAUCGACAGCACUCCCCCUCCCCAGGUGGCAUACAGCAAGGAGAGGAUCCCUGGCAAAGGGGUUUACAUCAACACCAGCUGGGAGUUCCUGGUGGGCUGUGACUGUAAAGAUGGCUGCAGGGACAAAUCCAAGUGUGCCUGCCACCAGCUGACAGUGCAGGCCAGUGGCUGCACCCCAGGAGGGCAAAUCAACCCCAACUCAGGAUACCAGCACAAGAGGCUGGAGGAGUGUCUGCCAACAGGGGUUUAUGAGUGCAACAAGAGGUGCAAGUGCAACAUCAACAUGUGCACCAACCGCCUGGUGCAGCAUGGCCUCCAGGUCCGGCUGCAGCUCUUCAAGACCCAGAACAAGGGCUGGGGAAUUCGCUGCCUGGAUGACAUUGCCAAGGGCUCCUUCGUCUGCAUCUAUGCAGGGAAGAUCCUCACAGAUGACUUUGCUGACAAAGAGGGCUUGGAGAUGGGGGAUGAGUACUUUGCCAACCUGGACCACAUCGAGAGCGUGGAGAACUUCAAGGAGGGCUACGAGAGCGACGCCAAAUCCUCCUCGGACAGCAGCGGGGUGGACCUGAAGGACGACGAGGAGGAGAACACAGGCACUGAGGAGCAGGAGGAGUCCAAUGAGGACAGCUCUGAUGACAACUUCUGCAAGGAUGAGGACUUCAGCACCAGCUCGGUGUGGAGGAGCUACGCCACGCGGCGCCAGACGCGGGGCCAGAAGGAGAACGGCCUCUCGGAGACGGCCUCCAAGGACUCCGGCCUCACCCGGCAGGUCAGCCACGAGGAGGCACCAGCAGCUGCCCCCUGCAAGCUGCCAGUCUCUGAGGAGACCUCCAAGAACAAAGUGGCCUCCUGGUUGAGCUCCAACAGCAUGGCUGAAGGCUUCCAGGACCAGGACAGUGCCUCCUCCUUCAAGCUGAGCGAAGGCGGCGAGGCCAAAGAACCUGAGGAUACAGUCAAAAUUCCUGGGCUGAGCGAGCUGGGCAGGAUGUAUGGCUACAACCCCUGCCCCCCCAAGCUGGAAGGGGUGCAGCGGCCUCUGAGCAAGACAGCCCUGCUGCAGAGCCGGCGCCACAGCCUGCCCCUGCCCCCUGGCACCCAGGACAUUCUGACCCUGUCCAGCAGCACAGACAGCGAGGGGGAGAACGGGCAGGGGGCAGCAGGGCAGCCCCAGGGCACCACCAACGACAGCGACGACAUCCAGACCAUCUCCUCUGGCUCUGAGGAGGAGGAGGGGGAUGAGAAGAAGCCUUCAGCUGGGUCAGGUGGCAUGAAGAGGCAGGUGGCAGUGAAGUCCACUCGCGGCUUCGCCCUGAAGUCCACCCACGGCAUCGCCAUCAAGCCCAGCGGGCUGGCGGGGGGCGAGAGGGCCGAGGCGGUGCGCAGGACCACGCGGCAGUUCUACGACGGGGAGGAGUCCUGCUACAUCAUCGAUGCCAAGCUGGAGGGCAACCUGGGCAGAUACCUCAACCACAGCUGCAGCCCCAACCUCUUUGUGCAGAAUGUCUUUGUGGACACUCAUGACCUGCGCUUCCCCUGGGUCGCUUUCUUCGCCAGCAAGAGGAUCCGUGCUGGCACUGAGCUCACCUGGGACUACAACUACGAGGUUGGCAGCGUGGAGGGCAAGGAACUGCUGUGCUGCUGUGGGGCCAUCGAGUGCCGAGGGCGCCUGCUGUGA